CAUGUCUGCUACUCGUACCAGCACGAUGGCAAACAUAAAGACAGAAACCGGCGCUGGAAGUCUUGAGGUUCUACAAAAAAGUCAAAUGCGGAAUGAGGCAGUGGCUAGUCAAAGCAGCUCGCACCUCCAAUCAAGUCUUGCUGGGAAUAAAAAUACCUCACUCGCGAAGGGUCCAUAUAAGAGAGUUCGUGCUGAUGCAACCAAAGUUGCAUCACCAGGUGUUAAUGCAAGUAACACUGAAGAAAACACUGAAGAAAACCUGCAUCCCUGUAAAAAAAGCAAGGGUUUGGGGAAACAUGGCAAGCUGGAAGACAAUGAAGAUGCUACUGAAUUGAGGAGACCGCCAACACCAAUCAAUGUAUUUGAAGAUGAAUGUGUUUUCUGCCAUUCAUUUAGAACUAGUGAGAAGUUUCAUGGUCCAAUGGUCAUGUAUAGAAAGGGGAGGAUUGUGUCCAGCAACGAGGGCAACCCAAACAAUGUCAUGUAUGUCCACCAAAACUGCAUGUACUGGGCGCCAAAAGUGUAUCUCGAUGGCGAUGAUAUUGUUAACAUGGAAAAGGAAAAAACCCGUGGUUCAAGAUUGAAAUGCAGCAGAUGCAGAUUACCGGGAGCGGUCCUUGGUUGUUAUCACGACCCCUGUGCAAAUACUUAUCACGCCCCGUGUGCACGGAUGAUACCAGAAUGCCAUUCGGAUGCUGGUAAUCACUAUAUUUUGUGCCCCAAACAUUCACCAUGUGAUAAAAAGAGCUCACAAAUAGUGGAAAGUGGCAUUAUUUUGCCCAUUCUUCAAAACCAAUGUUUAGAUAAACAAGGAAUGCAUGUCGUUCAUAGCAGGGAAGAUCAGCAAGUAGAUCAACCGAACACUUUGACUUCUUUGCCUCAGGGUCAAUGUUCAGACAAAGGAGGACUUUCUUCCAAUUACCACAGAGAAGAAAAACAAACGAACCAGUCUAGCCCCCCUGUGAAUCAAUGGGUCCUGCUCGGUUCAGUUUUAAGUGCAUUUGAGAAGGAUUCCCUCAAGGAAUUUGCUUCCUUGACCAGUUCAAACUUGGCUGAGAAAUGGGACAAAAAUGUGACUCAUGUUAUUGUAGGCAGAAGUGCUAGUAACUCAUGUGGCAGUUCAUAUGAAGUCUUGAUGGCGAUACUCUCUGGCAAAUGGGUUGUCAGAGCUGAAUGGAUCGUGGAUUUCUUGGCAGAGCCGAUUCCAGGUCCAAAAACGUGCUUGGCAGAGCCGAUUACAGUUCCAGAAAUUUCUUACGAGGUGCAAUUCUACUAUGCUUCACACAAAUCGAUUGAUGGACCAAAGAAAGGACGAGCUGGAACAUUUAAACGGGCACCGAAACUGUUCUCAGGACUGCAUUUCUGCCUCAGCGCGUACAUGAACACAGAAGAUAGUGAAAACAUAAAAAAUCUCAUAGCAGCCGCGGAAGGACAGGUUCUGGAGGCAAUGAGCCCGCAUUCAUUAAAGGAGAAUCUGGAAAAAGAUCCCGCAAAGGUAUACUUCAUCUAUGUUGGUGGCCCUGCUUCGACUUCAUUUGUUGGCAAGGAGAAAGAGGCAAAUGCGUACAUGGCCUCGGGAGCGCAGGUUAUCUGCCACCUUUGGCUGUUUGACGCUAUCGCGGCUUAUGAUGUUCGGAUGCUGGAUCGCAGUGAUGGCUUCACCCCGGAUGUGUACGCGAAUAGUGCUUGUUACGUAUAGCUUUCGGCUUGAUGUUAGGGGUGUCUUUUGUGUUAGCCCCACUUCUGUCGUGGGGGAGGCUAUGGUUUCAGUUUAGAACUUAUUAGCAUCAAAGGAGAGGGUGCUAGCCAGCUUUUGUGGAGGUGAUGGCUUGGGUGUAAUGUUGUAGUUUUGGUGAUGGAUUGGUCGUUGAGCAGCCCAAACAUUUGGUACUGAACGCCCGUUUAGAGAUCGGGAGGCGCGUGUGGCGCCAUUGCUUUUGUUUUCUGGCAGUGACUGUAACCUCUGUUCGGCCACAACAUAUAUUUUGGCAUCGUAAGUUGACAAACGAAUGGGAUAUGUGCUAGUAAUAUGCUUCAUCUUUUA